CAGGGGCACCUGCGUGGAUGGGGCUGUACUGGGUGGCCCAGUGUGGCUCCUGGACCAUUCUCAACAGGUGGAGCCUGAAGUCCUGAUAGAAACAUGUCCACGUUCACCAUGGAUUCCAGUGACCUGAGACUGGAGGUGUGACUACCUGCGAACCAAGCAAAUUUUAGCCUUCCAGCUAUAAAUAAUGUGUUAAAGAGCUGCCUGGUUCUAAGGGGAAAGAAGACCACACCAUUUUGAAGAGAAAGUGGUUGCAGAGAACACAUGGAAUUUUAAGUUCACGUGAAUUCUGGAAGUAUGGAGAGAGAAAAUGCAACAUUCCUAGAAGGUUUCAUCCUCCUGGGACUCUUCCCUGGUUAUGGACACCCCCGCACUCUCAUGUCCAUCAUCCUUCUGGUCUACCUCAUUGCAAUCGCAGCCAACGCCAUCCUGAUCCUCCUGAUCUGGGUGGACCCUCGGCUGCACACGCCCAUGUACUUCCUCCUGAGCCAGCUGUCCUUCAUCGACCUGGCCUAUGUGUCCAGCACGGUUCCCAAGAUGGCCACCGACUUCUUCUCUGGAAGCAGAACGAUAUCACGGGUGGGCUGUGGCACACAGAUGUUCUUCUGGCUGAUGCUGGCAGAUGCAGAGUGCAUCCUCCUGACCCUCAUGGCCUACGAUCGCUAUGUGGCUGUGUGCAACCCUCUGCGGUACUCAGCUGUCGUGAGCCCCAGGGUCUGCUUGCAGAUGGCCCUGGGGUCCUGGGCGGGAGGCAUGCUCAAUGCCUUGGCACAGACGGUUUACACGAUGCACUUUCCAACCUGUGAGAACAAGAUCAAGCACUUUUUCUGCGAGAUGCCAGCUGUCCUGAUGCUGUCCUGCGAGGACACUUCCAGCUACCUCAUGGUGCUGAUGGGGAUGAGCAUCAUGUUUAUCACUGUGCCGCUGUCCCUCAUCGUGGCCUCCUACGCUCGCAUCUUCCUCGCUGUCCUGAGGAUGAGCUCCCCUGAGGGGAGGAACAAAGCCCUGGCCACGUGCUCAUCUCACCUGACCGUGGUGAGUCUCUACCUGGGGCCAGCCAUCGUGGUGUACAUGACCCCCGGCUCUGCCCACAGCCCGGAGUUGGACCAGGGCCUCUCAGUUUUCUACACCGUCCUCACCCCCAUGCUGAACCCCCUCAUCUACAGCCUGAGGAACAAGGAGGUGCUGGGGGCUCUGAGGAAGGUUCUAGGGAGCAGCUGGGCUGUCAAAUAGAAGGAAAAACCAUCACUGAUGUACAGUAUGGCCGUCCGGGAAGCUCGAGACGGUCCUGGGCAUAGCACAGGAAUCUUAGCAUCACUGGAUAUGCUCUACAACAUGCGAAACAAAAUAGAAUUUUCUCCAGAAGGCUUCUUAUGGUUCUUAUUUACAAUCGGUUUCACACUAAAGACAGAUACAUCAAUGAUGUCUACGUGGACCACAUUGUGAAAUGUGAACUUAAAUUGGCUUUAAAUUUAAAUUCAUUCAUCCACUUUUUUCAAAU